UUCAUGAAAGAGUGACAGUUUAUUUGAAUUGCGAUAAAGAACCCUGUAUCAUUGUUUAUUGGAUUUAAAACUAUUCAUACAUGUACUAACCCAUCCUGGUAAUGUACUCAGGCUCCACACUUGUGCAUUAUGUGUACAGGUUAGUUUAUGCACUCUUGCUUUUAAGUAAAGAAUGAUACAGAUUAUUUAUUGAUCCUUAAAUACAAUAGUUGUAUGCAACAUGUUAGGCAUAUUAGGUAUCCAGGGCACGCCUUAAGCGUCGGACAGCUGGUCAUUAUCUGGUUACUUUUGAUACUGACCAGUUGAUUUUUUCACUAGGUAUAGGAAAAUAACAUUGCAACUGCUCAGUAAUGCCUUUUUAACCAGCAGGUCUGGAAUCCUUAGGGCAUACACUGUAGGUAUCUGUUAAGUAAUGGUCAGUUUUUCUUUUACAGAGUUGAAUCUGGGGUUUAAUAAAGCAGGAGAAAUCGUCCACAAAUGCUCACUGUGUCCCCGGGAAUAUAUGAGCUCCAGAUAUUACAUAGUGCACUCAAGAAACAUCCAUGGGAUAUCUGUGUUACAGUGCAAGAUAUGCAACAAACAGAGUCAGUGUGUCAGUAGAUUUACUCAACACUUUUUCCAACAUCAAAUUGUCAAGAGUGUCAAGAUCAAAGAGCAGCACUGUUGUCACUUAUGCGGAAAAAUAUUUCUGAAAGCUCGGCUUCUUACAACUCAUAUUGAUGCAUUGCAUUUAAAAAAGCCAAAAUUUAAAUGUGAAACCUGCUUAGAAGUUUUCGUUCUUCGGAAUCAGUUCAGGAAGCAUAUGUUAAAGAACCCAAAAUGUGCGGAAAAUUGUACAGAUGAAUACGCAACAGCACCAAGGCAUAUAUGUGAAAAAUGUGGAAAAACGUUUGAUAUAAAAGCAGACAUGGAUAAACAUGUUCGAGUUGUACACUUGAAUGUUAAGCAUUUCAAAUGCGGGACUUGUGGCACAGAGUUUAAGUACGUUCAGUCAUAUCAACGGCAUUUUCUUGGAAAUCCGCAAUGUUUUGCCAGCUCUCCGAAAUAUCUCAGUUGUCAUGUAUGUAACAUAUGUGGCCUUAAGUUCCAAGGAAAGCAUUACCUUGACUACCACUACAGAUACAAACAUCAAAGUGAAGGCAAUGUGUGUAAAUUUUGCAAGAAAAGUUUUAAGAACAAAAAAUGUUUACAGACGCAUGAGAUACGAGUUCACCAGAAGCGAUUCUCUUGUCAGUAUUGUGGUAGAACAUUUGGAUUGAGACAAGAUUUGGAUAGUCAUGUUAGAAUCCAUACUGGAGAAAAGCCAUAUAAGUGUGAGCUAUGUGAUAUUUCUUUUGCUCAAUAUGGUAGUUUGGCUAAACACAAACAGACUCUAACGCAUAAGAGUAUACAGAAUGAAAACUUAAAUUCUUGAUGUUUUUAUUAUUUUCCCUGAAAUAUCAUGUUGAGCCCUAAGGCAUAGACUUUGUUGAGGUUGCUUAACUUUGUACAAAGGUAGCCCUUCUCGUCUUUGAGAUUGAUGAAACCAUAAUCGGAAAUAAGUUUGUAUACUAUGUAUGGCUAUAUGUAAUAUAAUAUAUGAGCCAGGCCAAAGGAAAAGGGGUCUUAUCACAGAUUUUUUCAAUAUUCUGUUUUUUUGUUUAUCUUAAAAAGCACAAAGAAACCUUUCAAAUGAGCCAUGGCUUAUGUCCCAACAAUUUUUCCUUGCAUAUAUAUAUAGACCAAAAAAUCGGAUCUGAAUUUAGCACAUUUUCCUCUUAAUCGUGGGCACAUUUUUGGCUCUGUAGCACAAUUUUAAUUUUUGUGAUAAGACCGGUUUUCCUAUGGCCAGGCUCAUAUACCUUAUUCUCUCUUCAU